CGUCUAGAUGUCGAUCAAGUCCCCUACUUUUUUGCGUCGUAACACCCAUUCAGGGCACUGUGCGUCUGUUUGACACGUACCCCAGUCUGAUGACCGUUUAAAUAACCCCAUGUAUCGUAGCUAUAGUUUUUAGGUCGGUUUUAAACUGACAGAUCUUUCAAAACAUUAAGUGCAGGCUGCUUUCAUAAGCUGGAAACAUGGAGCCAAGAGCGAGUGACGCGGUGGCAGGUGGCCCAUAUGUUGAACCAUCCAAUAGGAAGAAAAAGACCAACAAAGACACCCAACAGUCCACCCCCACCCCAUCCGAGCAGACCAGCACCAUGAAGCGUCUCUUUGGUUUUGAGAAGGAAGAUCUCACCUCAUGGCAUCGACUGGUGUGUCUUCUGAAUCGGCCCACUGACCCGGCCUCGCUGGGCAUAUUCCGUUUCUUAUUUGGUAUGGUAAUGGCGCUGGACAUCACACAGGAACGAGGCCUCAGUCACCUGGACUACAAGUAUUUAGACGGGGCACCCGUUUGCCGCUUCCCUCUUUUUAACUUCCUGCAGCCCUUGCCCAUGGACUGGAUGUACUUUGUUUAUUUUGUGAUGUUCCUUGGCGCUGUUGGUAUCAUGCUUGGCCUUUUUUAUCGCCUUGCGUGUCUGAUGUUUAUAUCCACUUAUUGGUACGUGUUUUUCCUGGACAAAACGGCCUGGAACAAUCACUCUUACCUAUACGGGCUCAUUAGCUUCCAGCUGACGAUCAUGGAUGCCAACAGAUACUGGUCCUUAGAUGGACUCCGAAACCCCAGGAAGAGGAACGCUCAUGUACCGCUGUGGAACUACACUGUACUCAGAACUCAGAUUUUCAUAGUGUACUUCAUUGCUGGGGUCAAGAAACUGGAUGCUGAUUGGGUGGAGGGGUACUCCAUGAAAUACCUGGCACACCAUUGGUUAUUUGACCCCUUUAAAGUGAUUUUGCCUGUGGAAUUGGUCAAUCUGAUGGUUGUCCAUGGUGGAGGUCUGAUCUUAGACCUGACAGCCGGGUAUCUGCUUUUUUUUGACGCCACACGUCCUGUCGCCUUUUUCUUUGUGAGCUAUUUCCACUGCAUGAACUCCCAGCUUUUUAGCAUAGGAAUGUUUUCCUACACUAUGUUGUCCACAAGCCCUCUCUUCUGCUAUCCUGAUUGGCCCAGGCGCUUUUUUGGCCGUUUCCCAGAAUUCUUGCAGCCUGUACUGCCCCUCAUCUCUCCUCCACCGGGUCCCAGCUCCUCGUGUGUGUACCUCAAUCCACCCAGCGACUCUGGCAGACAAGACGGGCGAGAUGAGAGCCAAACUGUCUCCAAACCCUCCACACCGGGCUGGAAACACAAGCUUGGAGCGAUCUUCACUUUGGUUUACAUCGCAGAGCAGCUCUUCCUGCCGUACUCGCAUUUCAUCACACAGGGCUAUAAUAACUGGACCAAUGGACUGUACGGUUACUCGUGGGACAUGAUGGUUCACGCACGUUCACAUCAGCAUGUCAAGAUCACCUACAGAGACAGUGUCACAGGGGAGGUCGGAUACCUAAACCCUGGAGUGUUUACUCAGAGCCGGAGAUGGAAAGACCACGGAGACAUGUUGAAGCAAUACGCUACCUGCCUUAGCCAAAAUCUGCCCCGUUUUAACAUCUCAGAUCCGGAGAUAUACUUUGACAUUUGGGUGUCUAUAAAUGACCGCUUCCAACAAAGGAUAUUCGACCCACGUAUUGAUAUAGUGAAAGCUGAUUGGUCGCCGUUCCGUCCCAAUCCAUGGCUCAUGCCGCUGCACGUGGAUCUUUCACCGUGGAGGGCUAAAUUUGAAGAGAUAGAGGGAUCUUUGGACAAUCAGACUGAGGUGGUCUUCAUCGCUGACUUCCCAGGCCUUUAUCUUGAAAAUUUUGUGAGUGAAGAUCUGGGGAACACCAGCGUUCAGGUUCUUCAAGGUCUGGUGAACGUUGAGAUAGUGGACGAGAAGAGGAACUACAGUUUACAACCAGGAGAAAAGAUGCAGCUUCCAGCUGGUGCAUAUCACAAGGUGUACACUGUAUCUGAUAAGCCGUCGUGUUACAUGUACAUCUAUGUAAAUACUACUGAGGCGGAGCUGCAGAAAAACUUUACAAAACUCCUUGAACUUCAGGAGAAAGUGCGAAAUGGAACAGAGACUGAACCUUUACCGGCAGAGCUGCAGCCGCUCAUCACCGGUCUCGAUGACUACGACACGAACGACACCGUGAUCGACCCCAUAGUCCGAAUCUUCUUGAAACGCCAGAAGCGAAUGGAGACCGUAAAGAAACGCAGAGAAGCCUCUGUGGUCGAGAGGUUUCAGAGAUUUGCUUCAAAGAAAUAUUACACGAUUAGACGAGGGUUCCUCAUGACAGCCAUUGCUUUGCGUAACCUGGCAGUGGGUUUGCCACCCCUGGAGCAGCUGCAGAGGGAAGUGGAUUACGCCAACCUGAAGGAACCAGAGGCAGAGGCCAAUCAGGACGAGCGUCUCAAAGAUGAGGUUGGACACGGAGAGCUGUGAAAGUGACUGCAGAGAGCAUGUCACCUGUAUUACAACACAUGAGCAAAUGCUUUAGUAGGUCAGUAUUUUGGAGAAUUCCAUAAAUGUCUAUGAAUAAGGUCAUUUGUUUACAGUUUGAUCUCAUUCGUUUUUUGUUUUUGGAAAAAUCAUUUGAAAUAUCAAUGUCUUUCAUUUUAAGGGCUAGUUCACCCUAAAAUUUAAAUCAUGUCAUAAUUGACUCUCUCUCUUACAGUAUGUGUGUCAUUUCCAUACAAUGAAAGUGAAUGGGGACGGGAGCUGUUUUGCUUCAAAUCACUACAACUUUACUAUAUUUCAGCCUUACAGUGUCAGUCCCCAUUCAGUAAAACAGCUUGAACUUUCAUAAAAAUCUUUUAUUUUGUGUUUUAAAGAGGACGUCAUACAGGUUUGGAUUUACAUGAGAAAGAUCAAAUUAUUACAGCAUUUAAUGUUUUGGGUGAUCCGUUCCUUUAAAUAUGCUUUUACUGGGUUACUGAAAUUUAAGUGUGAACACUAAGGUUUUCUCAAAUGUUUUUGUCAUUUUAAAAAUAUGUUCUGAAAACAGAAAUAUUAGUACAAUGCUACAACUUGCUGUUAAACAUUUUAGUAUUAAAUGCCAAAUUAAAGGUUUUAAUUCACCUUUUGUGCUUAAAGGGGUAGUUUACCCAAAAAAUGAAAGUUUUGUCAUCAUUUAUUCACCCUCUUGUCAUUUCAGCCUGUAUGACUUUUAUCUUCUGCAGAACACAAAAGAAGGUAUUUUGAAUAAUGUUGGUAACCGAAGAGCAACGCUACCCAGUACUAUUGUACAGACACAAAACCAAUAGACGUGAAUGGGUUCCGUCGCUGUUUGGUUUCACAACAUUCUUCCAAAUAUCUUCUUUUGUGUUCUGCGGAAGAAAGUCAUAACAGGUUUGAAAUGGCUAGAGGGUUAGUAAAUGAUGACAAAACUUUCAUAUUUGGGUGAACUAUCAUAUUAAGGUACCUUGCCGUGUACUGUCUCGUUCGAUUUGUUACAUGAUUUUAACUGCUAAUGUAAAUUAAACAAGUGGAAAAUCAUGGCUGUAGACAAAUCUUGACUGUAAAAUGUGCCAGGUAUACAGUAUGGACAGCUACAGAAUGGUCUUUUAAUGCAUAAGUUUCAUUAUGCUAAAUGCCGAGUGGCCUGAAAUGUUUCAUGUAUUGUGAAAACAUCUCAGUUUUAUAUGCAAAUUGAUUGUGUGAGGAUUAAAGGGCGUUUGUCAGUUUUUGAAUAAACAAU